AUGAAUCGAGUAAUCUUUGGAAUCACUGCUGCAGGAGUGUCUGCCUUAACGGUUUACCAUUGGUAUUCGGCUCGAAAGCGCGAAGUUAUUUCUUCUACUGAUGUCGACAAUUUGAACGGGAGAAGUUCUGUCUAUCCCCAUGUUUUGUCAGAGACAGGAAUUCGAGAGGGAUAUUCCCGUGUACACAUCCAUUCCCAGUACACGGACACUUGGAAUGGGCCUUCUACUUCAUUGGAGAUACUUGCAAAAGGAAACGAAGUUGCAAACAAUUCACUUGAUUCAAAUGAGAUAUGGAGAUGUCAAAGAAAACAUUUCUACUGUGAGUACAAUGGCUGUUGGCCGUCCGACCACAGCUAUGUAUGUGACGGACAAAAUCACUGUAGAAAUGACCGAGAUGAACAAUACUGCGAUCAGGUAUGCAAAGAUGGAUUUAAAUGCGGUCGGCAGUGCAUACCCAACGAACUCGUUUGCAAUGGAAAUUUCGAUUGUCUCGGUAAACCAUUUACUUUAUUCUUUCUUGUACCUGCAGGUUACGACAACAUGUGUCAGCAAUUCACAAAUUCAUCGGGAAAUUUUUCGUCGCUGAUUAUCCCCAAGCCUGUAAAUGAAAUUAGAUCUGAUAGAAUGUCCGAUAUUGUCCGUAAAACGGCCGUUUUGAUAUCGGUAGAACCCAAUCACCAAAUUUGGCUCACGUUUGAAAAAUGCGUCACUUCCGAAAACAAACACUUUGUUAAAAUCUAUGACGGACCUUACUCCACCAGUCCUCUUCUGUUAUCCCGAAGCGGUUCACUAAGUCCAUUUUCCGUACGAUCAUCGUCUAACGAGCUUUAUGUAGAAUUUCCAUCCUAUUAUGAUGUGACAUAUGGAAUCACUGCCGUCUACUCGAGUAUAAACGCUACAAGCGAACCAUUUAUACUAGGAUGCGGAGGUUAUAUCAAAGGUGAAGGGGUGAUUUCAACGCCAACCUAUUCUGCUAAUCCCGAUAUCGCCGACUGCUUUUGGUUCUUGGAAACGAAGAACAGCGAAGAUACUAUUGUACUAAGCAACUCGGAUUUCCUCUCGUAUCAGAGAAUGAAAUUAAUUUCUACUACUGCGAGAUCCUCUGAGUAUGAUCAUUAUGGUCGAUGGCAAAAUCCUUCACCUGUAUCAACAGUACCUCCGCUGGCUGAGUCGCCCUCUCUAAUCAUUCAUGACGGAUGGAGUACUGAAGGUCUUGUGCUUUACGAUGGGGAAGCCAAAGAUCAACGGAGGGCAGUCGCCUAUUCGAUCAGCAACAAAAUGAUGGUUCAUUUGACGUCACCUGAAAUUAGAGAACAACCUGCAUUCUCCUGGACAGUCUCCAGAAUUUCUACACCGCAAUGCAACCAUACCUUUGAUGGAUCUAAUGGAAUAAUCAAAAGUCCCAACUAUCCAUUAGUUUAUUCGCAUCUGAGUGAUUGCCGCUGGAACAUCGAUGUGAAAUCUGGUUUAAAAAUCCGAUUGCUUUUUGCUUUCUUUGAAACACAGGACCAAGCAGAUUUUCUCUACGUAUACGAUGGACCGACUGUGUACUCGAAGCUGCUGUUGGAAAAAUCAGGAUCUAUUACACCAUUUGAAAUUACCUCGACAAGCAAUCAAGUGCUACUCAGGUUCUUAACUGAUGCCAACACUGCGUUUCCUGGUUUUCUUGUUGUUUAUUCGACAGUUUGAGUCUUUCUUAUUCAGUAAUUCUACAAUUUGUAAUUUGGCCUCAAUAUAAAAAAGUUAGGUAGCGUCA